UUUGGCCCUUAUUUUCCGUUAUCGAAUUUGGGUUAUGGAGAAACGAUGCAGAACGGGGCGACCCGUACUGGAAGAGCCGGACUCUUCCGAGGCGCCAGAGAGUCUCCUCGAGUGUGCCCAACUCAUCUUCCCCUACUUGCAACCGGCGGAUCUUGCCUCCGUUUCUUCAACCUGCAGAGCUUGCCGUCGAUUCGCCGACGACAUUACUUCCGUUCGAGUCUCCGAUGCAACCAGAGGCUUUGAGAAUACUGCCAUCCCUUUCAUCAACGCUGUCGACUCCCAACCGUACGCUUACUUCUUAUACACCCCGGUUCAAACACUCCCAGCCGCUGCCAUCUCCGCCGCAGCUCAGCGUUGGGGAGGUCCGGACGAUGGCAGGGGUCAGGUGAGACCUGACCCAUUUUUAUUCAGGGUCGAGGGUGCCCGUGGAUGCGACUGCUCCCGGGGAUGCAGUGAGAGUUCUGGUUGCAGUUGUUGGGACUCGGCCGAGUUUCCUAGUCGGGAAUGUGGUCCUAGCUGUAGCUGCUUAUCAUCGGAGUGCGGGAACCGGUUGACUCAAAAAGGCAUUUCUGUUAGACUGAAAAUCGUGAAGGAUAAGAGAAAAGGUUGGAGCUUGUGCGCAGCUGAUUUGAUUCCGAAAGGAAUGUUCAUCUGCGAGUACUCAGGGGAACUUGUGACAACUGAUGUAACAAGAGCUCGCUUCAAACAGUAUGAUGACAUGUCAUCAAGAGCCCAUUUUUCACCUGCGCUUCUGGUUGUGAAGGAGCAUCUUUCUUCUGGAAACACGUGCAUGAGAAUGAACAUUGAUGCCACCAAAAUUGGUAAUAUUGCACGUUUUAUUAACCAUUCCUGCGAUGGAGGGAACCUGUGGACAGAAAUAGUGCGAAGCUCUGGAGCUUUGUUGCCCCGUGUUUGCUUUUUCGCAACGAGGGACAUACAUGAAGAUGAAGAGCUGAAUUUCAGCUAUGGGGAUGCUAGGCUUAAUCCUAAUGGCGCCCAAUGUUUUUGUGGCAGCCCUUCGUGUUUAGGGAUCCUCCCAUCAGAGCAUACAUGAUAACAAACUUUUAUAGAUACAAGGUCGUACUGAAUCAUUUCAUUCAUUUAUCCCUCUUUGCUAAUCUUGAAAGAUUUUAUGGUCCCGAAAUAGGAGGAUGAUAUGCUAAGAUGGGGAUCAGAAUACCUUUCUUGUUCUGCUAUGUAAAAGACAGAUGUCAUUCUGUUUAAUUACUCCCACCCUUCACAUUUAA